AUGACGCGACGUGAAACCCUGAUUGCCCGCUCCGUGGUUCAUGCCAUCCUGACCACCAGAGACGACGGCACGCCCGCACACAAGCCGUCGCUUGUAGCGAGAGCCUUCAGGCUCUUCCGCCUGUACUGGCUGACCUUCCAGCUGGUACGAUCGGACCUCUUCACCUCCUUGCGUGGCAUUUGGUCGAUUCCGGAAGAUGACUACAAGGCGAGCUUUGGAGCCGGAGACAGAAGCGGCAAGAAGGCCAAGAACGCGCUGCAGCCCAUGAGCGACAUGGGAUACAGCGGCUCGACCUUCUUCCGCACCAGCGACGGCGCCUACCUCAUCAAAUCCGUCCCACGCAGCUUCGAGCACAACUUCUUCAAGAAUGACAUGUUGCUCCCGUACGCCGAGCACAUGCAGGCAAAUCGCGCCAGUCUGUUGAUACGCAUCACGGAUUUCCUCGAGAGCGCCCAAGCGAGCAUCGGCAUACUCUUGGGUCUCGCACCUAGCCACCACAUCAUAAUGGAGAACCUCUUGCAUGGCCAAGACCAAGAGGCCGAAGGGGGUGCCAAAGACAAAUGGGAAACCUGGGAUCUCAAGCCGACGUCCUAUUUCUACCCGGAGCGGGACGUUGCUGGAGGUGCGCUGACAUCCGAGGCGACCAAGUCGAAACUGGCCGACAAGUUCGAUGACAAGUUACUGCUCUCGAGAGACGAGGCUGUCGAAUUUCAAGCCGAGCUCCAGAAGGAUACCAAGCUGCUGGCUGACUGCAAUGUCGUGGACUACUCACUCUUCCUUGUCCGUAUAUCCGCAGAAGAUACACCAUAUACCGAUUCACAGCCUUCGCUUGAGCCGGGACAAGCCAGCAAUGGAGGCACGCAACCGUCGUUUUCACCUCCAAGUCCUCCCACCUGGCGCACCGGUAUCACGUCAAGCGACGAAAAACAAGUUUACCGGGCUGCCGUAUUGGACUUCUUCUGGGCUAAGCAUACAGUCCACGCAAAGGCCAUGACAGGACUCAUAAACGGAUACAACUUGAUCGACGAGCAGGGCCCGAUGAGCAUCACCACCGAGAGCAAGGAGUAUCGGGUACGGUUCUUGCAGAUGUGCGAGGAGAUGGUCGAAAUCCAGGAUUGA